AUUGCAUGCAUUAACUGCAAGCUCCUCGUACGCACAGCACUUCAGCCUAGUCCCAACCAAAAUAACCAGCAACAUGAAGUUCACCAUUGCCACCGUUGCCUUCUCCGUCGCCUGCCUGCUGGCCACUGCCAUGGCUGCUCCUCCGGCCAGCCAGCAGGAGGCGCAGGUGCUGCGCUUCGACUCGGAUGUGCAGCCCGAGGGCUACAAGUUCGCCGUUGAGACAAGCGACGGCAAGUCGCACCAGGAAGAGGGCCAACUGAAGGACGUGGGCACCGAUCACGAGGCGAUUGUGGUGCGCGGCUCCUACUCCUAUGUUGGCGAUGAUGGACAGACCUACACCAUCAACUAUCUGGCCGAUGAGAACGGCUUCCAGCCAGAGGGCGCCCAUCUGCCCCGUGCCGUUCAGUAGAUUUCAUAUCCGUUUGGAGUUUCCUAGAGAUUCCAGAGUCCCAGCAUCAAUGUGUUAACUAUGUUUAAGUUUUCC